UUUUUUUUUUUGUACUAUUCCCCUAGUUCAGUUGAGAUUUUUGCCUGUUCUGGGUGAAUUUUGCUGCUGUUUCAGUCGCUAUCGCGAUCUUCUCAAGGCUGCACGCGUUUUCUGCCGACGCCGUCGUUCGCGUCGCUGCCGCGUCGUCAUCGCGUCUGCGUCGCGUCUACGUGUUCAAAGGCAUAAAUUCCUUUCAGUUCGUGCCGUUCGCCUUCAUAAUUCCCCCUAAUUAUCACCGCCGCCGCCGCCUUCGCCGCAAAUUUAAUAUUUUUAAAACAUUCUUCUUUUUUUUUUCGGUGUUUUCGGUGUAAUGUGCACACAAAAAGCGCACAAGAAAUGAACGCCACGUUUGAAAAUGCAUUCAUAAAACAACGCAUAUAAAGUUCAAGGAAGUCCAAAUGCCAAAGGAAAUAAAUUGAGAAAAAUAUAUGAGAGCAGAUACAUCAAUCCUCUAGAUCCUCGGCGUUUUGUGUAAUAUUUAUCUUUGCCAGAGCGGCUAUUAUUUCUGUUCUAUUUGCCGCUGCCUGCUGCAUAAGCAAACAGGCAGCGUAAGCUGUCACCGACAUGGGCAGUGAGCACUACUGCUUGAGGUGGAACAAUUACCAAUCCAACCUGUUAGGGGUGUUUAGUCAAUUACUACAAGACGGGAGCCUGGUGGACGUCACACUAGUUUGUUCAGAGGGCACAUCCAUCAGAGCCCAUAAGGUGGUCCUCUCGGCUUGUUCCUCGUACUUCCAGAGCCUGUUCCUGGAGCACCCCGAAAGACAUCCAAUUGUGAUAUUGAAGGACGUCCGUUUUGCCGAGCUGCAAACCUUAGUUGAAUUCAUGUACAAGGGCGAGGUGAACGUGCAAUACUGUCAGUUGUCCGCGCUGCUCAAGACAGCCGAAUCCCUCAAGGUCAAGGGCCUCGCCGAGAUGACGAACCAGAACACGACGCUGCGCGAACCGGAACGGGAGCCGGACCGCCUGCGUCCGCAGGGCGGCGGCGGGAGCGGCGGAUCCGCCCACAAGGCGGCCGACAGUCCGGCGGCCGCUCUCGAUGCCACAGCGGCGGCACAGGCGACGGCAGCAACGGCCACUGCGGCGGCGGCAACAUCGACCUCAACCUCAGCGACAUCUGCGGCGACGGCGGCAACAGCAGCGACGGCAGCAACAUCUGCGGCAACAACGGCAACAGCGGCGGGGAGCAGCAGCAGCAGCAGCAGCGGCAACACAAGCAGCAGCAGCGGCAGCAGUAGUACAACCACAACGGCGGCAACCACAACAGCAGCAACCUGUGCAGCAACAUCAGCAACAUCCACGGCAGCAACAUCCUCGACGGCAGCGGCAACAUCUGCUGGUAUUGCACACUCGGAGGAGGCGACAUCGUCCUCCACCCAUGGCGGGCAGAAACGGGAGGCCAGCGAUCGCUGCAGUCCCACGCCCGCCAAGCGCUCUUCCCGCAUCCAUCCAAAUGCGGACAAGGAUAAGGAUAAGGAGGACUCUCUGGAGGAUCGCGAUCAGGAGCAACAGCAGGCGGACGAGCUGCUCGCAGAGGAGUUGCUCGCACGCAACUUAAAGGACGAGGAGGAGGACGAUGUGGAGGAGGUGGAUGAGCUGGAUGAGAACGAGGAGGCGAUGCUGCGGGAUCAGGAGGAUGAUGAGGAGGACGAGGACGAGGAGGAGGAGACGCCCAUGCCGCUGGAUCUCUAUCAAAGACCCAAUGUGGAGGCAAAAAGCGCAACAGUAGCUGCAGCAGCAGCAGCAACGCAGCAGGGCGGCAGCAACAACCUCAGUGGCAGCACUUGCAACACCAACAGCAGCAGCAGCAAUAACAACAACAACAACUCGAGCAGCAACAACAACAACAAGAACACUAGCAGUGGGAAAUCGUCAACAGCCAGCAAUGGCGGCACUGGAAACUCGGGCGGUACAGCGGACUCUGUGGUUGCGGUGGACGAUGAUGAUGACGAUGAUGGGGAUCACCAUCAGCAGCAGCAGCGGCGACUCGGUGACGAUCGUCUGGAGCAGGACAUGGAUGAGGAGGAUCUGGACGAUGAUGUGGUGGUGGUGGGCACUGCCACCGCGAUGGCCAGGGGCAUUGCCCAGCGACUGGCCCACCAGAACCUGCAGCGGCUGCACCACACGCAGCAGCACCACCAUCACUCGCAGCACCACCAACAUCCGCAGCACCACCACCAUCCGCAGCACCACCACCAUCCGCAGCCGCACCACCAGCAGCAGCAGCAUCAGCAGCAUCAUAACCCGCAUUCGGAUGACGAGGACGCCAUGCCCGUGAUUGCCAAGAGCGAGAUCCUCGACGAUGACUACGACGAUGAGAUGGAUCUGGAUGACGAUGAUGAGGCGGACAACAGCAGCAACGAUCUGGGUCUCAACAUGAAGAUGGGCGGCGGAGCGGGCGGCGGUGGCGUGGACCUGUCCACCGGAUCCACCCUGAUACCCUCGCCGCUGAUCACCCUGCCAUCUUCGUCGGCGGCAGCGGCAGCGGCGGCGGCCAUGGAAUCGCAGCGCUCCACGCCGGCCAUGUCGGCGGCACAGGCAGCCGGAGCGGGCGCCUCGGACCUCAGCAUCGGCGGCUCAGGCGGACGACCGGCGUCGAGGAGCUCCCGCGACGGCGGCGGCAACGACGGCAGAGGUGGAGCAUCCUCCUCCAGCCUGCUGAGUCCCGGGACCAAUCUCCUGCCCGUGCAAUCGGUGCCAUUGAGCCUCAAGAAGGAGAUCGAUUGCAGCGAGGACGACAACAGCAGUCACAGCAGACACAUGCAACAGCGUUCGGCAUCAGCUGGCGGCGGCCUGGGCGGCGACCUUGACUACCGCGCCUCCCACGAGUCGCUGCUCCGCAACUUCAGCUCCCCGAUGAGCGCGAUGGCCGCCAGUCGCUGCCCCACCCCCUUCGCCUUCCCCUUCUCGCCCCUCGGCCUCAGCCUCUUCGACAUCGAUCCGUCCAGAAUUCUCAGCCUGCUCCACCACCAGACCUGGCUGGCAGAAGAGGCCCUCAGAACUCGUGGGCUGCUGGCGGCGCCCAAGGACUUUCCGCACCGCUUCACCACACUCAGCGACCUGCUGACCAAGGACUACCAGCCGGGUCAGCCGGCGGUCACGGCCACGGCGACGGCGACCACCGCCACACCCUCGACCAGUCGGGGAUCCGGAUCCGGCGACACUCAGUACAAACACGCACAGCAACCGCAGCAACCUCAGGCGGGCGGAGGAGGAGGAGUUGGGGGUGGUGGCCAGGCGACGGGCGCGACCUUCAACCUUCGCUACCCCACGCCCACCGCCUUUUACCAGCAACAGCAGCAGCAGCAGCAGCAGGGAAAGGGGCUGAAGUCCUCGCCCUCGCCCCAGCAAAUGGCCACCAGCUCCACGACGGCCAUGUCCAACGAUUCCGGCGAGGACAGCUGCAAGAGGAGCUCGGCGGACAGCGACGAGGUGACCAUCAUGGAGCUGCCCAGCGAACGGAGUGCCCAGCUGUACAAGGAGUCGCUGGAACAGCUCCUGCAGCGCCAGCGUCGCACUCCGAUCCUGGCGGGAUCGGUUUCGGUAUCGGGAUCUGGUUCGGGAUCAGGAUCUGGUUCGGGAUCGGGCAGCGUGAUCGUCGAUGCGGCCGGCUUGAGGCAGUACACCCAACUGCUGUUGGCCGGAGCAGCCGGUGGCAGUGGCAGCUCUGAUCUCAAGGAAAAGAGCUCCUCCUCCUCCACAUCGUCCACGCCGCCACUGCUCACCCAGCAGCUCAGCCAGAUGCUGAAGAGCCCCUCGGACACUUGCUCCUCGCUGUUCAGCUCCUCGGGCGGCGGCGGACCAGGAUCAGGAGUCACCCCUGGCGGUGGUGAGACCAUCGAGGAGGAGACCCGCUGCGUGGUGUGCAAUGCCCACUUCCCAAAUGUGUGGCUGCUGGAGCAGCAUGCUGCCCUGCAACAUCCGCAUGUGGGUCCCGGCGAGGAGAAGCCCUUCAUUUGCGAGCAGUGCGGACAGUCGUACCGCUACCGCAGCGCCUAUGCCAAGCACAAGGAGCAGAAUCACCGGGCCCGCCUGCCCGCCGACAAGCUCUUCACCUGCGACGUCUGUGGGAUGCAGUUCCGCUACCUGAAGAGCUUCAAGAAGCAUCGGCUGAACCAUGCCCUCGAGCGCCUUCAUGGCAAGAAGAGCGUGGGCGUCAUCGGGCGAUUGGGAGGAGCUGGAAGUGCAGCCUCUUCGCUUUCCGUCUCGGUGGCAGCGCCCACUUCCGUUUCCGCCUCGGGAUCGUCGGUGACGUCGGUGGACCAGGAUGUGGUCACCAGCUCGCAGGAGCCCAUGCUGGCCGACGAGGGCGAGGAUCUGCGGGUGAAUGUGAAGCGAGAGGGCGGAGCCUGCGCCGACGAGCAGGCAACCGAAUCGGGCAGCGGCCGGGCCACCAACGACAUCGAGGAGCACGAGCAGGACAACACCAUCGACUCCGCCGGCAUCACGAUGCUCUACCAGGACAACAACUCCUCGGCCUCGGCCUCCACCAGCGCCACCGAGCCGAACAUCAGCAGCUCCGACGGCAUUCAUAGUACAAACAAGCGGUCGCGUCUGCACCACUUGGAAACGGAUCCCUCCUACCCACACCACCACCACCACCACCAUCAUCACCACCCGCAUCCGCAUCAGCACCACAAUCCGCAGUCGCAGCUGCCGAGCCACUUGGGCCACGUCUCACUGCCACUGGUGGCCACCUCGGCCGCUGGCUCCUCAUCCUCGGCUGCUGCUGCUGCCGCCGUGGCCGCUGCCACCGCAGCCGCUGCCCAGGCGCAGGUCAAUUCCGGCGGAACCGGAAGCGGUGUGACCGGAAGUGGCGGCGGUGGAGCAGCGGGCGCUUCCGCCUCCAGCGGCGGCGGUGGCAUCAGCUCACUCAGCUCGCUCACCUCGCUGAUCAACGCCGAGCGCAUUCCCAACGAGCAGUUCCUGGGACUCAAUCCCCAGGAGGCCUCCAUUCUCAACUUCUUGCGCGUCGAUGCCGCCGAAAGACAGCGGGACAAGCGGCCUGCCACCUCGCGGUUCGCGUGCCCCUUCUGCGGCAAGUGCGUGCGCUCCAAGGAGAACCUGAAGCUGCACGUGCGCAAGCACACCGGCGAAAGGCCGUUCGUGUGCCUCUUCUGCGGACGGGCUUUCGGGGGCAAGUCGGACCUCACCCGCCACCUGAGGAUCCACACCGGCGAGCGGCCGUACCACUGCGAGUCCUGCGGCAAGUGCUUCGCGCGGGCGGACUACCUGUCGAAGCACCUGACCACCCACAUCCACAAUGCGCCGCGCUGAGAUGAGGCGCGUAGGAGACGGCUCCUACGCAGAUAAGGAACCAGCUCCAGGAUCAGCCUCUACACACCGCCACACACCGCCACACACACCCCCACAUACCACACAGAAUACAGGAUACAAUGAAGCCUAUGUAUAAAUCCUAUUAUUACCAGAAGCUCUACGAUUAGAUCAAUGUAAACACAUUUUUUCGCCAGAGUUCUAUACUUUUUUUUUUUUUUUUUUUGGUGCAAGCUAGUGAAAAACAAGAAAAUUACGGGCAACUAAUUAGCACGGGUAUUAAAGUGUUUAAGAUUCUGAAUAUAUACACCUAUCUCUCUAAAUAUAUAAAUAUUAUGUGUGAGUUAGGAUUACGAAUAUGAAAUCAUCGUAGGCACACGAUUACGUUUUUCUACAACCUAUGAUUAAGUGCUGAAAUGGGAACGAAAUGCGAUUUGGUUCUGUAAGACAACCUUAUUUCUAAACACAUUAACGAAAGAAACACAGCCACAAACAAAUAGCAACAUAAAUUGCAAUAGCAAUAAACAAAAUAGUCUGUAUUUUCUACCGAAACUACCGAAACAAAAAACGAGGGGCAUAUGUACCACACACACAUUGUACCGCAAGAUCUGCCGUUGAUAUACACAAUAGAUAAAAUAUAUUUAAUUUUACACCGAUCUAUAGAAGCUAAACUAGCAACAAUUUGUACAAACAAACAUGAAAUAAGCGAGAGGAAACUAACUUUGCAAGAAUCAAUGCAAUAACUGAGAAAACUCUGUUACCUACCACAGAAAACAAUAAGCUAAUUGGGAUUUUAGUUAAUCGUAGUGCAGCAACUGUACGAAAACUAAGCCAACCAACCAACCACUAAAUGUAAAAACAAUGUUUCAAAAGAUGCAAGCAUUACUUAUUCUUCGGUUGACCGAUCUACAAAUAUGUUCAGGGGGUAAGUCGAAGUUGGUUUCUAGGAUUAUUGUAAAAGCUAGGAGAUACUAAUGGGAUCUACCACCGUCAAUAGUUUAAUUUAUAUACAAAGCAAGCGAAGCAAAGCAAGGCAAAUCAUAACUAAAAAACAAACAUAGCAACAAUUAACAAUUACCAAUAGCAAUUACAAUUAAAACUGCAACUACAACAACACAAAACUAACUGUGAUCACAACAAGAAAACAACAUUGAAGUUUUAACUAACCUACAAAACAAGCUGAACAGGCAAGAAUAGUUUAUAGCGAUGGCAACCAUGGCAAGCAAUAGAGAAAUUGAACGGUGAUGGCAACCCUGCUGCCGCACCGUUCGUCCGCUGGAAACGAAAUGUGCAAUUAAACAAUAAAAACAAUAAAAUAGGGAAAGCCCAUAGGUCAAACAUGAUUUCUCAACCGAUAUUUGCUUCAUUUACCUUAGUUCAACACAGCACACAGAGAAAAUUAAAAGAAAUUUUAAGGAUAGACAAAAAAAACAAACCACAACCUUGAACCAAGAACAUCGAAUUAAAGUGUAAAUGAAAAUCCAAAAAAACCGAAAGAAUUCAAAUUGCGUAGAAUGGGGAGUAGAAUGAAUAGUUUUUUGUAUUAACUAAAUGUCUAACGCACUAAGGAGAAUAUUUGCCGUACCAAAAAAGUGGAAAGUAAAACAAAAAAUGAGAACAAAUCAAAGUAAAGUGGUAGAAGUAAAGUAAAUGAAAACUUUCACUGUGCCAAAAAGUUUCAAGUACCUCAUAAUUUAACUAAAUAUUAAAGAGAAGCAACUAACCACACCGAAAACAGCCCACAAAAUCCACGAGCAGUCCACACACACACACGAUCCACACGCCCCCAAAAAAUAAAUAUAUAUAUCCCGUAACGAAAUGAGUCUAGACAGGAAAUGUCAAAGCGUAUAAUUACAUAGAAGCUGAAAGCUGAAAGCGAAGCGUUAACUAAUCCUAAUUUACCAACCGGAGAGGGCUAGAGAAUAGUUAGUUAGAUAGAGAUAGGGAUAGAGCUAGAGAUAGGGACAGCGAUAGGGACAGAGAGAGAGAUGGCAAUAGCGUUAACGAAGGCGACAGCGAGAGAGAGAGAGAAGGGAAGUCAGCGCAUGGGGAGAUCUACCAUCCACCGGGGAUCCCCAUAUCGUAUGGUGAGAUCCCCGAUUUUCGAUUAUAUUUUGUAAUUUAUUUAUUCUCCAGCAACACAGUUCUGCCUACAAUUUCUCUCCAAACUUAAGUGUUCAAUUUUAGCGAAUAUAUAUUUGCCUUGAGAAUAUAUAUAUGUACCUAUGUUAUGUGAUAGUUUAACGAAUUAACCGCACCCCUUGAGUUAUGCCUUCUAGAUACAGCAUACAUUUUGCCUAUCCACAUUAUGUUUUUAUUGUAAAGAAAAGACAACAACAAAUCGUUUUUUUUAACCCGAUUCGUUAGUUUUUCAUUUUCGAUUGUGUCAGUAUGUGAACCGUCAAAGAUCAGGGCCUCUAGCAAAUGUUAUAGUUUUAGUUCAUUAUUAUUAUCAAUCCGAAGUGAAUUUUUGAGUGGAACUAAUUAUAGGUUUCUCGAUUUCUUCUUUGAUUACUAUAUUUAUUUUCUAACAACAUGCUACUGCAACAACAAACAAAAAUCAACAACACUGCCUUUUGUAAAACACACAAAAACCAGCAAGUAUAAUGCAAAAUUUGUAAUCUUACUAUUUUAAGUUACUCUUUUUUUUGUACCAUACCUAUUAAUUUUUGUAUGUAAACAUCACAAAUGCCGAAAUCUUUUUGAGAAACUCUGUUUAAUUUUUUUAAUUAUUCAAUCUCUAAUUUAAGUUUUUAAGCAGAACAACAACAACAAUAAGCUGUGAGCUGUGUAUGUGAAUGAAUUAUUUGUGUAACUAUUAUUACAAUUAUGACACUCUUGAUUAUUAUGAUUUUUUUGGAAACCCUUAUUAUUUUGGAAUUAUUAUUUGAUAGUAUUUAUUAAUAAAGUUUUUUGCAAUGAACACUGCUUUUGUUUGACCAUCUCGGGCACAUCCGUCGAUACGAAACCAUCCGUCGAUUUUCACUUUCAGUUAACCCAUUAUAUUUUGUGUUUAUAGUUGAAAAUGCGCCUUAAAAGAAUUUUAGGAAACUAAGGUAAGAAACGUGGAGAAAAUAAACAAAAAACGUGUCAUUGAUACUCCAUUUCGGUAAGAUACGACAAAAUUUAAUGUAAUUAAGGAACCCAAAAAGGAAAGCAAUAUUAACAAAAUUAAAGAAACCCCUAAAAUUAAAGUAAUUUUUUCUUAGGUGUGUGUGCAAAUAAAUGUUAAUAAAAAACAAAAGGAAAAAGAAAAAAGAAAAACUAUGAAAUACAAAAUAAUCACCAUCAAAAUUAAGGCGAAAUUUAAUUGAAUAGAGUACUGGAAUUUUUUUGUGAGCGUGCUAAGCGGAGAGGAGCAAAAUUGAUUUUAAGCCAAAAAUUGGAGGGAUUCAAGACUCUUAUUUCGUAUAUACAUACAUAUACCUAUAUUACAAAUUUACCACGUAGGCAGUUUUUUUAAGGCAUUGACAAACAUGCAGGAAAAUACGUGUAACAGAAAAUUACAUUACAAAAUUCAACAACGAAAACUUUUGGCAUUAACAAUUAAUGCAUUUUUAAAUACAAUAUUUAUUGAUAUACCUAGAAUUAAAGCCCAGCAACAACAACCAGGCGAUUGCGGAAGCGGAAGCGGAAGUAAAAUCCAAAUAAGACGGAAACGGAAAUGGAAAAAUAAAAAUGAAAGGAAUCCAAAUAUUAUACAUAGAAUAUAUCUAUAUACAGAUACAUAAAUGUACACGUGGUUUUCGGUGUCUAUUACUUAUAUAAAUAGAUAUAUAUACAUACAUUAUAUACAUACAUUAUAUUAUACACAUGACGUGCAUAUUUUGAAACAAAAAACAAGAACCCACAAAAGCCCAAAAAAAGUAAAUAUAAAUGUUGUUCAUUUGACUAAUACGCGAAAGCAACUCAACCAAACAAAAAAAUAUAUACUAGCAUAUAUUAAAACUAAUGGUAUUCCACUCCCACACGUACACUCACCACCGGGGACACCCAAAACGGGGUGAUCUAUAGAUCUUGGGUAUACCUCACCAAACUCACAAGUUUCAUGAUUUUUCAUCAUAUUAUUUCGAUGACCUAGAGUUCGUACAUUGUAUUAUAUGGUAUAAUAUUUAUCCUGCCGGAAUUAGCAUAAUUAACAACAAAGUCCUAGUAUCUCAAGCUUUAUUAAUCUAUUUUCAACCGUCAUCAUCAGUCACUUGACCUUGGGUGUCCCCAAAUCAUUUAGCAAAUACAUGGAAGUUUUAAUGUAAUAAUGCAAUUUAACAAAAUAAAACUACGAUUUCAUGAAAUUAAGACAAUUUCGAGGUUUCACUUGCAAAAAAAGAAAAGGCAUAACCAUAUAACAAUGUUCUAUAUUGUAGUCAAAAUCAUUUUAAUCAGUUUUGGUUACACUUUGAUUUCGUGUUGAGCAAAGACAAGGAAAGGAAUACGAGAAUUGCGUUAUGAUGAAAAAAACAAUUUUAACUUGUCUAAAACCAAUUAAAUUGUUAACAGCAACUAACUCAUGUAUGUAAAUACAUUAAAUGGAUACCAUCUCAAAAACCAACAAAAUAUACAAAAAAAAAAAGAAAGACAAAAAACAAAGACGAUUGCGAAAACCAAAAAAGCAGAAGCAUAAUAAACAUAAAAUGUAGUACAUGCAAUAUAUUUUUCGGUGUUAGGCGUCUUUUUGAGAUUUUUACAGAAUACCAAACAAAAGUCCCUCAAAUAAAGUCUAUAAAGUAUAAUAUUUCAUUGUUGAUGUUGUGAGCAAACUAAAGUAAACUAAAGCAAACUAAAGUAAAUUGUAUUUAUUUCUCCUACUCUCUCAACAGUCUCUCUCACCUAAGCUCUAAACUUUAGCUGUCGUGUCUCUUUAAAUAUUUAUAGGGGUUUACAUAAGUCUUAGGAGACGCGGAAACAGUGGAAAAUGUUUCAAACAUUUUUUUUUUAUAUAUACAUAAACAAGAGAUUCGGUGUCUACAAAUUAUACGAAACUUAAGAUGCAACUAAGAAAACAUUUUUAGAUCAAAUUCGAGUGGUUAAACGAAGGGAUGAGAGCGGGGAGAAAAGCUGGAGUGGCAAUUCGGAAAGGGGGAGGAAAUACUUAGCAAUAAUUCUGAAAUGACCUCAAUCAAAUAUUUUUUAAAUUUUAUAUAUUUUAGUCGUGCGAAAAGAAAACUCAAAUGUGUAAAUAAAACUUUAAAUACAUACAAAAUCGAAAUAGCAAAAUAAACAAAAUGUAAAACAAAAACCAAAAAACCUAAAAACCAAAAAAAAAAAAACACAUAAAAAUGUCUCUCGAACGAACGAAGAAAGAAUGUGAUAUUUUUCUAAGGUGUACUACAAAACAAAAUGAUGAAAAACAAAUAAGAAAACAAAAAUCAAAGAUGCAAAAUUCUAAUAAAAUAUUUAACACUUUUACUGAGAACCAGAAAUAGAGCAAGCCCACAUAAAAUAGAACAAAUUGCAAUAGAGACUGAUUUUUGACAUCAUCUCAUCGACAUCACCACCAAUAAAAACACGAACAUUGUCAUUAGAUCAGAUCAGUGGAUGCAGAAAACCCAAGGAACUUUCACUGCAGUUACAGUUUUAAAUAGAAAAUACUGGAAAUGUGGGUGGGUAAGAUUUGGGGAGUUGUUAAAAGUGAUUUGAAGACUCUUUUUGUUUAAAAUUUCAAAUAAUAUGAAAUGGCCUGGAAACGUGCCUAAAAGUAUGCAAGUGAAAUAUUUCACAGCAUACUUUUAGGUGCCUCUUUGGGUUAAAUCAAAUCUUCAGAGAUUUUAAAUCACAAGAGAACUAGAAUCACUUGGUAUAUAACGAAUCAAUGAGAAUUGAUAUUAAUUUCCCUGUUUUAGUUUCCGAUUUUAGCCUUUUUUGAGCUAUUCGAUUGCACAGUGGGUGAGGGAAAUGGAGAGAGUAAGAGAAAAUAUGGGUGUGAAAGGUAUGGAAUUAAUGGAACCAAUUCGGGACGCAUCUCGUCCAGGUUAAGGUUUACAGAUGGGACUUAGAAGCAAUGUUAGUUUAGGCGUGGCAAGGUGAGGCAAGCAGGUGGAGUUGGGUGCAUUCGCACAGAGUUGUAAUUAUUUUUGUGAUAAAAUCCGAAGCGCAAUUUUUUUCUCCAACUGUAUGGUAGGUUAGAGGUCUGUACAUAGGCGGGGCUAAGAGGGAUCGAUUGGCGGAGGGUGAGGUGAGAGUAUGUUUAUGAAGGUGCUACGAACAAAGACGUAAUUGAAAAUGUGAUACAGUUUUUUCCUUAACCUAUUUAUUGAGCGGUACGCAGAGCAGGGGACAAGAACGGAAGCGGAAACGGUAACGGAACGGGAACGGGAAACGAAAGCGGAAACGGAAAAGGGUGAGGUCGCGGAAGCGGAAGGAGCUUAGCAAUAUGCUUUACAAGCAAACAGACUUUUAUUCAACAUUUUUAAUGGUUUUUAUAUGGGAAAUAUGAAGAGAAAGUUUUACUUUCGGUUCUUUUCAACCUUCUUUCAGUUGACACAGGAAAAUGAGACACCACAAAAAAACAAAAAAACGCAUCCGCAACCACAACAAAAACCACAGCAGAAAAAGGCCAGAAGAGAUAAUUGGGGAAAUUGUAAAAAAUUUACACUUUAGGAAAAUCUCUAAAUUUUAAGCUUUCGGUGUUUUUAAACCAAAAAAAAAUAAAACUAACAAAAAAAUACAAUAAACAAUGGCAAAACGUAAAAAUUAAACGACAACCAAAAAAAAAAAAAUUAGCGAAAACACACGAAAAAUUUAUAUAUAUAUAUAUUUCGAUAUUUAAAACUUCAUUCGGAAAGAAAAGCAAACAUUAAAAAUUUUGAGCAAACUCUCGGUGUUUUAAAAUUAAGCGCAUGCAAAACCACAUUACACUAAACAAUUAACUAAACCCAGAGUAAACAAAAUAAUAAGUUAAGCAAACAGACGUAAACCAAAAACAAAAACCUCUUUCACUUUCGUGUCUUUGACUUAAAACCAAAAACUAAAGCGUCAAAAUAAGCAGACAAAAAACCAAAAACAAAAAAUAUUAAGCAUAUUUUUAAAAUGUAAUUUAGCACAAAAACGAAAACAAAAAAAAACAAAGCGAAAACGCAGAAAAGAAAACACAAUUUUUAAACUACCAACGUAUUGAUGUGUAUUUGAUAAACCAAAUCGAAAUUGUAAUGAAAUGAACAGACAGAAAUGCGAAACCAAAAUAAUUGAAACGGAACUAAGCAAAUUAGAAGAACGACUUGUUUUCACAUCUCUCAGAUAUUUAUUAUCUUGCGUUUUUCGGUUUCAAAUUCGAAUCUUGCGUUGAGAACGAUUAAGAAAGAGAACUUUUACAAAACUACGAAAUGCAAUGCCUGCCAAAGAAUUAAUGUUUUUAAUGCGAAAUGCAAAGGAAAACGAAAACGACAAACAAAUAUUACUUAUAUGCAACCAAACAACAACAAACAAAAGUUCAAUAAAGCCGUUCCAAUAA